AUGCCAAGAAGAUGGAAACCUGGUUUCACCUGUUUGUUAUUUGCCUCAAUAUGUGGAUAUAUAUCUUUCAAUGUAUAUGUGUAUGCAUUAAGCAAUGUCAUUACUUGGCGUAUUUCCAAUUUUGAUCCAACUAAUGAAGGUGCCACAGCUCCAGUGUCGCGCAAGGAUAUACAAACAGAUGUUAAAUCAACCAGAACACCGGAAGAAGUCAGUAAGAAAAAGAUACUGAACAACCUUUGCAGAAUUGAAACAAACUAUGAUCACUUGCCUGAUGACUUUGAUUUUCUGAUAACGCCCAGCAAGAAAUGUAACAGUAUAUCAUCUACACAGAGUAUAUCGUUUCUUGUAGGUGUUGAAUCGUCAGUGCUAAAUUUUGAACAGCGUGCAGCCGUAAGGCAGACAUGGGCAAACAAGGAUCUUCUAAAUCGUUUUUCUUCUCGAGUAAUAUUUCUUAUUGGAACAAACGAGACUGCAGAGUUCCAGGAAAUGCUGAAUCGUGAAAAUAAACAAUAUGAUGAUCUCGUCCAAGGAAGUUUCAUAGAGCACUAUAGAAACUUAACGCUGAAAACAAUUAUGUUUUUUAGAUGGUCGCAGUGUUUCUGUAAAUCCGUUGACUACGUCAUCAAAACUGACGAUGACGUUAUCGUGAAUUUGAAGAAAAUAUAUACCAUAGUAAAGUCUUUGCCAAAAACAGGUCUUUAUCUUGGUCACAUGCAAAACAGGUCUCAUGUCAUUCGUCGUUCACGACAUCGCUGGUAUACUUCAUUUGAAGCAUAUCCAAAAGACUAUUAUCCCAGAUACGCUUCUGGAGCUCUUUACAUUCUUUCAAAGAUGUUGCAAGAAAAUGUUAUGAAUAUAUGUCGUCACACCCAACAGGAUACAUCUCUUCAGAAGAUGCAUUCAUUGGCGUAG